AUGCCCUCCUCCUCUCCCCAAGCUUGUACCUCCCCACUCCCUCACCAGCAUCGCUCUCCCUCCAGCGAGAGGCCGACCGACGUGGAGUGCACGGCCGAGUUGCUCAACGUGGACGCGGCGAAGCUGCACGGGCUGUCGAGGGAGAAGCAGCGGCAGCUGAAGGCGCUUGCGAUGUCGAUCCGGAGAAGAAGGGAGGGAGCGUGGACGGAGAGGAUCUCCCGUGUAUCCAGCACUGUUGGCGGAGGACAAGGCUUGCGAAUCCGCACUGGAUUCGAGCUGCAGCAACCGGCAGUGUGCAUGAGUUGUCGAGAUCAAGAGUGA